AUGCUGUCCUGCCAAGAAAUCGAGGUGCUUCUUAAGCAGCGGCGCACCAGCAAGCUUCGCCAGCGGCUGCGUCUACUUCGUUCCGAUUUGACGUCGCUGGCGUCCAACGCCUUGUGGUCGCCCGAAGUUGUUGUGACAUCGUCCCGCGAUCGCUGUUUUGCAUCGGAAGCUCUAUGUAUCACGCUCUACCGCAUGUCCUACCCUCGCCGCUACUACGACAUCAUGGCGACGUUUGGCCGACUCGUGAUGUACUCCGCUGUCGUCAAGACCAAGGGAUCAUACAUGGACAACAUCUUUGGGUUUAUUGAUGGCAGCAAGUUUGAAAUAUGCCGCAUCACUCAGAAGCGCGACCGUUUUGCAUCAAAUUUUGCCGACCUGCAGCGGUUGAUCUACAGCGGCCACAAGCGCAGACCUGCCUGA